AUGGCUUUGAAAACCUUUCCAGACGUAUCAAAACGAAUCUAUGUUUCUGACGAAACUAGCUAUGCAUACGUAUCUAUUCCGCCAGCGUACCAGGGAAAACCGACUGUUUUGCUUCUUCAUGGAUUUCCCAGUUCCAGCUGGGACUGGAGGCAUAUAAUCGUGCGGCUCAAGAAGGCCGGUUAUGGCAUUAUUGCGCCGGACCUACUUGGCUACGGAGAUAGUGACAAACCUGUGGAGCUAGAGGAUUAUGCGAUGAAAAGAAUGUGUCGGCACAUUGUGGAAAUUCUUGAUGAAGAAGGUCUGGAUAAAUGUGUCGGUGUAGCUCAUGAUUGUAAUAGACGAAUCUAA